AUGCUCACUCAAAGACUCCAGCCUGUAAUGGAUGUUUUGGUGGACAGUGGACAGACUAGUUUUGUGCCCGGUAGAAGGCUGAAUGACAACGUGAUCCUAAGCCAUGAAUUAGUCAAAUGCUAUGGGAGGAAAGAAAUUUCACCUAGAUGCAUGAUCAAGAUUGAUAUGAAAAAGGCCUACGAUUCUCUAGAGUGGAAUUUUUUGGAGCAAGUCCUGCAAGGUUUACAGUUUCCAGAGCAGUUUGUCAACUCGAUAAUGUAUCACCCGAGGUGCAAAAAAUUAAACAUCAUACAAUUGAGCUUUGCGGACGAUCUGUUAUUGUUUUGUAGAGGAGAUAAGGCAUCUGCAUCAAGGUUAUAUGAAUGUUUCCAAGUAUUUUCUCAUGCGUCUGGCCUUAUAGCAAAUCAGAGUAAGAGUAGCAUAUACUUUGGAGGGGUUCCGGAGCCCAUCAAACAAAGUAUCAUUCAAACACUUGGUUUCUCGAUAGGGAAGCUGCCAUUCAAAUAUCUUGGGGUCCCUUUGAGUUCCAAGAAACUUACUGUAGCUCAAUGCCAACCCCUCCUUGAAAAGAUGCUUGGAAGAAUCACUAGCUGGACAACUAAAUUUCUAUCUUAUGCAGGCCGUUUGCAACUGUUGAGGAGUGUCCUAAUAGCAGUGCAAUCUUUUUGGUCCCAAAUGUUCCCUCUGCCUAAGAAAAUCCUACAAAAGAUAGAAAGAGUGUGUCAGAAGUUUCUUUGGACAUGUGCAGCCGAGGCAAAAAACAAAGCCCUUGUGGCAUGGGACCAACUUUGCUGGCCUAAGACUGCUGGUGGGCUGAACAUUACUGAUGUGCAUACAUGGAAUAAAGCUGCAAUAGUGAAGCAACUAUGGAAUCUUAGCAAGAAGAAGGAUAAGCUCUGGAUAAUGUGGGUACACACAUACUAUAUAAAGGGGAGAGCAGCUUGGGAUGUGAUUACCAAACAGGCCUCUUGGCUAAUCCAAAAGAUCCUGCAGGCUGCGAAAUAUCUCACUGAGGCAAAUCUGGACAAGGUGACAAUCCUGCAGGCUGAUAAUUAUUCUAUCCGAGAUAUAUAUAAUCAGCUUAGGGGCGACUAG